AUGUCUAUUCCCAUCCGACCCCUUGGUCGUAACGGCCCUAAGGUAUCUGCUGUUGGCCUAGGUCUGAUGAGUAUCGGUGGAGCCUACGGUCCAGCAGGUUCCCUUGACGAAAAGGUUGCUCUCCUGGAGCACGCACAUGCCACCGGACAGCGGUUCUGGGAUACUGCCGAUUUGUAUGGCGAUAGCGAAGCCAUCGUUGGGGAAUGGUUCAAGCGCUCUGGAAAGCGUGACGACAUUUUCCUUGCUACCAAGUUUGCUCUCAAGCGGGACGCGAAGGUCGGCGUGUCUGUCCGCUCUGACCCCAAAUAUGUCAAGCAGGCUUGCGCGCAAAGUCUUGCGAAACUUGGUGUUGAUACCAUUGACUUGUACUACUGUCAUCGUGCGGAUGGAGUGACGCCUAUUGAGAAGACUGUUGAAGCUAUGGUGGAGUUGAAGAACCAAGGAAAGAUCCGAUACAUCGGCCUGUCUGAGGUUUCAGCAGAAACCCUCCGUCGCGCCCACGCUGUCCAUCCUAUUACCGCAUAUCAAGUGGAGUACAGUGCCUUUGCACUGGAUAUCGAGUCACCCACUGUCAACAUCCUAAAUACCUGCCGCGAGUUGGGUAUCGCAGUUGUGGCGUAUAGCCCCGUCGGCCGUGGAAUAUUGACUGGAGAGAUUCAGUCUCCCGCUGAUAUCCCCGAGGGUGACUUCCGCCGUAUGGCACCCAAGUACUCCGAGGAGAACUUCCCCAAGAUCUUAGAGCUGGUGAAAGGGUUGAAGACUGUGGCUCAGGCACAUGGAAGUACCCCUGCACAGGUUGCUAUUGCGUGGCUUCUUGCCCAGGGACCUGAUAUCUUCCCCAUUCCAGGAACCAGGUCCCCCAAGAGGGUUGACGAGAACACUGCGUCUGCUCUGCUAGAGCUGACCGACAAUGAGGUUCAAGAUAUUCGAGACUUGGUAGAGCGAACUGAGAUUGUUGGGACUCGGUACCCUGCUAUAAUGAUGGGUAAUAUCUUUGCCGAUACACCGCCGCUCUAG